AUGGGGUACCAAUGGACGCACGAGAAACGCGUCCCGACAUCAUCUGGUCGAUGGCUUCUAGUGAUUGUUCUUCAAGUUACAUGUAUUACUCAUGGAGUGGACGGAGUUGGAUGCCCGCGGAGGGUCGUUGCAGGACAUCGGACAAUUAUAAGGAAUAAUUUCGACUUGGGCUAUUGUUAUGAAUUCGUUUCAAGAGACUACAAAACCUGGAUUGGCGCCAGAGACGACUGCUUGGAGCAAGGGCACGGGACUUUGGCCGUCCUGGACACGGAGGUCAAAUGGAACGCUGUGAUGGACAUGUUUAAGAAUGAAGACUUGUCGGGGGGAGUUUGGUUUGGUUUACACAGUACUGGCCAAGGAGGACAUAACUGGACAUGGGUUUCAGGUGCGUCCUUGGGUGAGUGGGAUGUUUGGAAAAACCAUAAUCACGUGAGAAGCCAGUGCUGUGCUCAUAUCGAGACCACUGCAGGCGGAAGUAGCUGGUACUGGGAUGAUGAUAAGAACUCACGCAGGCGGAAGUUCAUGUGUCAGUACGACCUAGAUGAGUGUUUCCAUGGGAACGGUGGAUGUUUGGAUCUAUGUAAAAAUACUAAUGGCUCUUACGAAUGCGCAACCAAAAAGUGCCGGAAAGGAUACGUUUACUCUUCCGCAGACAAAAAAUGCAAUGAUAAAAACGAGUGUAACACUGAAAAUGGCGGCUGCGCAGGCACGUGUAGGAACACAGUUGGGGGUUACCGGUGUGACUCCAAGGGGUGUUCAGAGGGGUACAGGCGAGCCCGGGCGGCAUGUGUAGAUGAUAAUGAAUGUUCGAGGAGCAAUGGAGGAUGUGCCGGUAAAUGUAAGAACAUGGUGGGCUCAUAUCGAUGUGAUCGCAGGGGCUGCAAAUCAGGGUACGAGAAAGCAGACGGCAGGUGUAUACUUAUCGUCACUGCAGCCUCCACCACAACGACUGCAACAACCACAACGACCACUCCAACAACUACGCAGGAAACUACAACUUCACUGGCAACUACGGUUACACAGACAAUGAGCGUUGGUACAGAAAGCCCAACACAAACUGCAGCGACAAUGUCAUCAUCCACGGAAAACACGGCUAUGACAACAGUAGUCCCAACUACGGAAGAAACUACGGCAAUAAAUGACGUCAGCACGCAACCCAGUGACAUCACCACAGAAACGGUUUCCUCGGCAACAGGUUCGUCCAAUAAGACCACUCCACAGCAAUCAGUGUCACCGGGUGUUACCACGGAAACGGUUUCUUCGGCAACGGGUUCGUCCAGUAAGACCACUCCACAACAAUCAGUGUCACCGGGUGUUACCACGGAAACGGUUUCUUCGGCAACGGGUUCGUCCAGUAAGACCACUCCACAGCAACCAGUGUCACCGGUUGUUUCCACGGAAACGGUUUCUAGGGCAACGGGUUCGUCCAGUAAGACCACUCCACAGCAACCAGUGUCACCGGAUGUUUCCACGGAAACGGUUUCUACGGCAACGGGUUCGUCCAAUAAUACCCCUCCACAGCAAUCAGUGUCACCGGGUGAACAGUCAACACCAUCUGCAGGCAAUGAAACAGCGGCAUCUAGUGGAGCGACGCCGGAGAACUCUAUUGGACCGUCGUCAUCAGCUCUGGUUGCAACUACAACAAAGCCUGAAGGUGAUGGAGCGACACCUGACACGCAUAAGUUGCCCGGACAGCCGAACGGUUACCGCCAUCUCGCUAUUCAUCAGGAAGAAAUUCUUGAUGAACAGCCAUUGGGACUCCACUUUAUUUUUGCUGGAUAUGGAACGGGAGUUGUUCUCAUGUUUGUUAUAGUGAUAAUUGCGUCAGUGUUAUACAGACGCUUGUCUCAAGUUAGCAGACUUCUACAAGAUAGCACCCAUCUGUAG